UAAUGGGGCCCACAUAUUGAACGACUUGGGUCGUCACGUGGUUCAGCGUUAGGAAAUUCCAGUCCAGUCUGACUUGACUCCCAUUUUUUUUUUUUUCUCAUCUAUACCAAAUAACUACCUAACCAAUCCUGAAAGCACAGAGAAGAUUUAGAGGUGAGAGAGGGUUGGUAGAUGGAGAGGCUAGUGGAAGUGUGCGAACCUGCAGAGGUUCGGAUAGAGUUCGCAUUGAACUGCAAAUGCCGAGCCACGGUGGGGCUCAGGUCACUGAGCCCAACCACACCAGUGGCCUUCAAGAUCCAAACCUCCUCACCCAACAAGUUCCUGGUUAAACCGCCGAGCGGACUCAUUCCCCCACUGUCCUUAGCCACUUUCCAAGUCAUCCUCAAACCACAGACCCAUCUCCCACGCUCUUAUCCUCGCUCCCCCUCCGACCGUUUUCUCAUCAAAACCGCCGAGUUCGUCACCAACUCCUCCGCUUCCACCAACUCCGAUUCCCUCAAUUCAUGGUUCGCCUCUCGCCCUUACGGCUUCUCCACUCAAGACCUCAAACUCAAGGUCGCCUUUGUGGGUCCUCUCCUUCUGCGCGACGCCGUCACUCGUGGAGAUUUAGAUGCUGUCAGGAACUUGAUUAAACGACAGCGUUCGGUCCUCACUGAUUUGUCCCACACAGAAGCUAACUCGCUCCUCCGAGUCGCGACCGAGUUGGUCAACCCAGACGACAUGGUUCACCUGCUGCUUGAAGCCGGGUUGAGAAUUCAGGAGUCCGUCGGAUCCGAUAAUUUGAAGGGCUCUGAUGAGGUACACGUGGCAGAUGGAAACAUUGCUACUGACGACGUAGCCCACAAAGAGGCUGUAGGGGUUGUGGAGCAAGGAGAAGCAGUACUAGAGGCUGCGAGGCAUGGAGACGUGAGGCAACUCGAGUCACUGUUGCAGGGAGGUGCGAGUGUUAACUAUCGUGAUCAAUAUGGUUUGACAGCACUUCAUGCUGCAGCUGUUAAAGGGCACAAGGAUGUGGUGUUAAUGCUUAGUGAAGCAGGGUUGGACUUGGAAUGUCAGGACGAGGAAGGUCAUGUGCCCUUGCAUAUGGCGGUGGAGGGUGGCCAUUUAGAGACCGCUCGAGUUUUAAUCGACAAGGGUGUGAACCUUAAUGCUAUGAACAAGAGGGGUGCCACCCCUUUGUACAUGGCUCGAGUUUGGGGAUAUGAUGAUAUUUGUCAGUUGCUUAUUAGCAAGGGAGCGUUGUCCUCUUUUCCUGUGAUUUUAGCUUAAAAAGGUAUUGUUAUCAACCAUGGAAAUCAAAUUUAGAAUGAGAUAUAAAUGAUGACGAUGAUGCAGUGGUUAAUGCUA